AUGGACGUAUCUGGAAUUGCACUUAUCACAGGCGCUGCCUCAGGAAUUGGCCGCGCCUGCGCAAAGACAUUUGCUAGAGAUGGCGCUUCAGGGAUCGCCCUGCUGGACAUCAGUCCUGAAGCCCUGGCAGCCGUCAAAGCCGAGAUCGAAGAGCAACAACACAGACAGGGAUCAAAACCGUGUCGAGUCAUGACCUACCCUACCAAUGUAACAGACGAGAACCGCGUCAAUCAAGUCAUCCAAGAAGUCGCGACGACAUUUGGCCGACUCGACUACGUCGGGGGAGCUGCAUUCUGCGAAACAUCAGAUUGGGAACGCAUCUUGAAUGUCAAUCUCACGGGAACAUUCUUUGUUCUGCGCGCUGCUGCCAAAAUCAUGUUGAAGCAGGAGCCUCUCCGGUCCUCGAUUGAUGGCAGGCCACUACAGCGUGGCUCAAUUGUCAAUUUCUCGUCUAUUCAAGGCGUCGCUGGGAUUGCACUGUCGACUGCGUAUACUGCGACCAAACAUGCGGUUAUUGGUUUGACGAGAACUGCCUCUGAGGAUUAUGCUAAGGAUGGGCUGCGUAUCAAUGCUAUCUGUCCUGGGUAUACCGAGACCCCAUUGACGACCAAGUCGCCUCAGAUCCUUGCAGCUAUGCAGGAGAAGGUCGCUAAUGCGGUUCCAAUGGAGCGUAUGGGUCGACCGGAGGAGAUUGCUGAUGGAGUUGUUUAUUUGAGUGGUGGACGGGCUUCUUUUGUUACUGGAACGGCUUUAUUCGUGGAUGGCGGAUACACUCAGCGAUGA